AUGGCAUCACCAGAAGCUACGCUACGGGACCUUACGGCUGCCACUAAUGGAUUCAAAUCCUUGUUGAAUGAUGAUGUUGAAGGGGCGAAGAAACUAUUCGGAGAGGGGGAUUCGCCGUUUCAUUUGCUCGGUCUGGGAGUUGUAGAUUUCCUUAAGGCAGCUCUGGGUAUGGAGGAGGACCUUAUGCCGGGUGCCGUCAAGUCUUUGACCGACGCCGAAGCUGGGUCUAAAGCUGCUGCCAAGGCCACACGCCUAGCCAAGGGGAAUGCGCCGUCAAAAUACCCCAUUGGAAUGGAGCAUGAAAUAUGUCAAGCUGACGCAACUGUAUUGCUUGGACUUACCCAGGCACUGAGCGAGAGUUAUAUGGGUUAUCUCCAGUGCAUGUACUCGCUAAACAGUGCCCAUGGCAAGUUUUCCAAGAUGUAUAAGCAAGUCUUCCCCCAUGGAUUAGGGUCUUAUGGGACGCCAGCUCAGACACCUUCGGUUUCUCGCAAGCCCUCGACCGCGAAUGUGGCCGUAUCAGUGCCGGUCAGUGGUACCCAAACCCCGGCCAGCGGAACGUCGUCGGCAGCGUCGUCUAUUGUAAAUGGAAAGACCGGAGCCAGCACUCCAGUCAUUCCAGUAUCAAAGCCUUCAGGGGGAUUCCUCAGUCGUCUGACCAGCAAGGUCACUCAAAGUACUCCAUCAUUAACUCCGGGCCCCUCUGACAAUGGAGUGUUGGUUCCGGAGGGCCCUAUCGAAGAGUUAAUCGUCGCCGGGGCAGCAUUUGGAUAUGGACUUUUUAACCUUGUUUUUUCACUUCUCCCCAACAAAGUCAAGAAAGUUGUUGGGUUCUUAGGGUACCAAUCGGACCGACGGCUGGGCCUGGAAGCGUUGCAUGUGGCUGCAGGGGUGGAGAACGACGUUCAUAGUGCUUUUGCUGCAAUUAAUAUAUCCUUUUCCGCACACUUCCUUCCAUAUCUCGGUAGUCUUGUACUCAUGACGUAUAACGGCGUUGUGCUCUUACUUGCGGGGUGGCAAGCAGACGAGGAGCGCAUUGUGAGGCAAUACCGGGAUAUGCUUAUCUCUGUGGAGUGCAAAUACCCGCAUGGGUCGCUCUGGAUCCUUAAUCGGGCCAAGUUGGAGCGUAUGACCGGGAACCCUGACAAGGCUAUUGAGAUCCUAAGGGAAGGGCUCUCCCCUUCGCGGGCUAUGAAAUUUCAGCAGGCGGAUGCAUUGCUUAUGUUUGAACUUUCUUGGACGCUCCUGGCUGAUCGACAAUACGAAGAUGCGGCGGAAUCCUUUUUGAAGAUCAUAAGUAUGAAUAGCUGGAGUCAUGCUACUUAUACGUAUAUCGCCGCUGGGUGUUACCUAUCGAUCGCCAAAAACAAGCCUGAAUACAAGGCCAAGGCCCGAAGUUUACUGGACUCAAUACCCAAACUCCUCGAGCGCAAGAAGAUUGGUGGCAAAGAUUUACCGACAGAAGUGUUUAUCCAAAAGAAGAUCGAUUUCUACAAACGGAAGCAUGUCAGGAGGGCCGGACCGGGUACAGAGAAUGAUUACAUCGAUAGUAUUGCUAUUUCCCCCGCCGAAGAACUGGCUAUAUGUAAGAUUCUCUUGAUCGAAAUCCGGGGGUUGGACACCAAUGACAAAAAAAGUCUGGAACACGCAUUGUCGGAUCACGCCUACCAUCGCGCAGGCUCACAUCGAGAACCUCGUUGUGCUAUCGCCGCCUGUGAUCACUGGAUCGACUUCAGUACCAGCGGCAGAGAACCCCGACUAGACACGGUCGACGAACUGGUCGUCCGUGACUUGCUUCUCGGAAUUUUGUAUCGCGCUGCGGGCGAUUACACGCUCUCGCGUAAAUACCUCGAGGCCGUACCGCUUAGAGAGAAUGAGGUCGAAGGUAAAUGGACGGCUCAAGUCGCUAAAUUCGAGCUUGCGGUCUUGGACCUGCGUCAAGUUGCGCAUGAGCCCACCUCGGCGCGGGACAAAUGGCAAGCCGCUCUCAAAGCCGCCAACGGACACUUGGACCAAGCAGCCGCGCGCUCCAACGCUAAUGUCGAUCUUUCCUCGAGGCUCGACAGCCGAAUUAUGCUGCUUCGUGAUGAAAUCGAAGUCAAGUCUCAGGCUUUGGGGCUCAAGUAA